CAAUUUAAUCGCGACGUACGCGCGGCCAAGUGGAGGUCGGCCUUAACGACAUUGGUGAUAUUUACGCAGGCCAUUCAGUGAUACAAUAGCAGAAGGAAAUGUUUUGCUUGUUAUCGCUAGUCUUCACAACGCGACGCAGUGCUUUGUUUUGUUUGUUUGUAUAAUACCCCGGUUAUCGAAAAGCUCAUUAAUAAUUCAUGAGCAUACACAGUCCACAAGUCUAUUUCGCUUUUCCCCUCCCACCGCGCCCGUCUCAUUCACAGAAGUCCACAGGAGGGAAGAAAAUACACUCUCUCAAGCAUGAAAUAGACUUGGAGCAAGUCUAGCAAACAAGGUAACUGGAAUUUUUUCUUUUGAUAUGUGAUCCUGACAACAUGACGACCAUGCAACUCACUCCACUAUCUGAAAGUGAAACCGAGCGGUUGAAGAAGGUGUACCCACAUACAUUCGUUAAAUUGGGGCAGAUGUACGUGAGAGUUGUGCCAGGAAACUGCAUUUUGCCUAAAGCCUAUGAGAAAUACAAGGAUCGAUUUAAGAAUUGGGACGUCCGCUCAGAAGAUGUUUAUGUUUUUGGCUUUCCUAAAAAUGGUACAACCUGGGUACAAGAGCUCGUCUGGUGCCUACAGAACAACUGUGACAUAAACAAAGCCAAAGCCAUUUCAUCGCUGGAAAGAACCCCAUUUUUAGAAGGACCAGUUAUUGUUGACUUUUUGGAUAAGGCUCGCUCUCGCAUUGAAGGUUUCCACGAAAUGGUAGAAAAAAUGGAUUCACCGAGAGUCUUUAAAUCUCACCUUCCAUUUUGCCAUUUUCCCGACGACUUACUCGAAAAAAGCAGGGUUGUGAUAUGUUUUAGAAAUCCGAAAGACACGUUGGUCUCGUUUUUCCAUCAUCAAAAGUUAUUUCACUCUUUAGAUUUCAGUGGUGAUUUCGCAACUUUCUUCGAUCUUUUCAUGGAUAAUCUGUUACUUUACACGCCAUAUUUUGAAUACACCAUUGAAGCUUGGAAGCGACGAAAUCACCAAAAUGUUUGCCUUUUGUUUUAUGAAGAACUAAAAGCUGAUUUGGCUGGCAAUAUCAGAAAGGUUGCAAAAUUUCUGGGAAAGGAAAUCACAGAAGAGCAAGUUGGGAUUUUGAUUGAUCAUUUGAGCUUUAAUAAAAUGAAACAAAAUAAGUCUGUGAAUUUAGAAGGACUCCAAGAUGGAAAAGAUAUGAAGAAGGAGGGGAGCUUCAUUCGAAAAGGGGAAGUAGGAGACUGGAAGAAUUACUUCACUGUAGAGAUGAACAAGCGAAUGGAUGAAGCAAUUGAAAAGUAUUUGAAGCCUGUUGGACUUGAAUUUCGCUAUGAGUAAGUGUAGUAACAUCUUAAAGUACACAAAAAAGGAAAAUAUUUUCAAUGAAACAAUUUUUUGGUCUAUUGCUGGCUUAUUGAUUUUUGCAAGUAUAAUAUCAAGGGUUGUUCCACAAAGGUAGGUUUUCUCACUGUUCAUGCUGAAGUUUGAUUUGAUACAUUAAAUAUUAUUAGAGACGGGAACAGGCUAAAACGAGUGUUGCUCGAGGUAUAUAUAGUCGGAUUCUCUACGUUUGGUUUUCAGUUUAAAAGUCUCAUAAAAAUAUGAAUAUUGAAGAAAACAGAUAAUUGUUACUGGGCCUAAAGUUUUCGUCAACAAUUUUAUCACAGGUUCCAAAGGUUGUGUUCAGUGCUUUAUAUAUGUUGAGAGAUGUUGGAAUAUUUCAGAUGCAUUGUGACACAGAAUAGUGACUGUGAUGACACACUGCCAGCAUUGUAAGAUCUAUGAAAGAUCAAUGUUAUUGAGAAAGUAUCACACACCGUGUGUUGUGAGACUUUAGUUAUCCUAACAAUCUCGCUAACAAUAAUCCCUAAAGACUCAGAUAGCACGAACAAACACAAAAAGUUCACGUACUCCUUUGAGCCACUUCAACGUAUUCUGAAAAUUCAAACUUUACAUGCUGUAUUUAUACUUUGAAGAAAGAGGAUAUAUAUUUAGAAAAUCAUGAGUAAGUUUCAUCAACGACAUGAAGUAAGUAAAAAGUACGACGUGAAAACAUGGGAAAGGAAGGGAAGGGCUGAAUAGGUACCUAUGCUAAAACAAGCUUAAUGACGCUAAGCUCAACAAAAACAUACGUAAAUGCUAACUGUGAUACAUGAAAAGCGAAAUAAACAAUGAUGACUAAACUAGGCAUUACGGUCUAACAAUCCUGGGAUCCCAAACUGUAUCGAUCCGUAAAUUUCGCUUGCGUUUACACGGGAUCGAUCCCAAAACAUUAUGUGUGUACACGGGAUCGAUCCCAGAUCGGCCAGAUGUUUUUCAAUGGUAGGGGAUAACCAAAGACGCUGUUGUCAAAUUCAGACAACAGAUAAAAAUAAACAAGAGUGGACAUAAUCGAUGGAAAUUUCCUGUUCCAGUCAUUGGAGGUUUCUGAAAACCGAGAUAUCCACAAAGCAAGCUCAUUUUUUUAAAUUACAUUUUCUAUAAGAAACGAAUACUGGAUAAUCAGAAAUAAUUAUGAAACUUUAGUACUCAAAGUAAAAAGUUAAAGAAACACCAAGGUCUCUGAAAAUCGUGGAUAUCCAUCAAGAUGACUUGUUGUCUGGCACAAAACGUCAGACAAAGAAAAGGAAAAGAUUCUUCCCUGAUCUUAGUACAGCAUUAGAACUGAAGAGAAUCUUAUGAUAGUAAUGUCACGCACAGUUGAAAACAAUAGGAACAUGGGCCGGGUCACACUAUAAAGGGGUCUUUGUGGAUAUCAUAUACCGAGAUUCCGCAAGAAAAUGUUCAUACUACUGCGAUUCAUCAAUUUGAAUUUCAAUUCCUAUUUGGUGCGAACUACAGUAAACACCCAUGUAUAAGAAUCUGUUGAGAUGACGUAUUAAAAAUGCCUGGGAAAUAUUGGUUUGGUCUCUCCCUUGCUGGAAACUCUCCAGCACGGUUUAGUCACAUGAUUAUGACAUCAAUCAACACAGCCGCCGAGAAGUGGGGCAGAUCAAGUGUUCGUAUAAGGAGAUUAAAUCGUGCUAUUGUUUAGUUUUGUUAUCUUUAUAGUU